GCGAACAUUACAAAUUAAAAGGAAAUUACAAGUACACUGCUUUUGCAAAUCCAUUACCCGAACAUGUUUGAUUGUUUUCUUACAGUGCAGGGAGUAGCUUUUUCUAAAGAGGCGUAAAACCUAGCUAGUUAAGCAUCUGGAGUGAGUACGACGGCGGUGGAGAUGAGUAGCGGCGCCCCAUUCCUUCCAAUAGAAAUCAUCUCCGACAUUCUCAAGCGCCUUCCGGUGAAAUCCCUAAUCCGAUUCCAAAGUGUGUGCAAUCUCUGGAAGAAUCUCAUCAAGAGCCCAUCUUUCAUCGCCAGCCACCUCGACCACUCCGGCCGAGAAUAUCCCUCUUUUAUUUCCAGGUGUGGGCACACCGUCUCCGGUAUCUCGUUUCACUCUUUUCUCGACCGGGACAUGCAACUCCGCCGAGUUCAGAACCAUACUUUAUUCUAUUCAAUCAAGUACCCUAGGAUCGUCGGCUCCUGCAACGGCUUGCUCUGUGUUCAAGAUAAGACGCCUGGUUCUUUCAUGUCUCCUCUUUACUUGUGCAAUCCUGCGAUCUCUGAGGUUAUACAGGUGCCUAGAAGCAGACCAAGCAUGGAUCUAUGUUAUCUUUCUAGUGUAGGCUUUGCAUUCAGUCCAACUAUUAAUGACUACAAAAUUGUCAUACCCUAUGUGAAGCAGAGUGAUAUGGAAUUUGGAUUUGAAGCUUAUUCAGUAACCACAAAUUCAUGGAAGAAUAUAGGAAUGGGCAGCUUUAAGGGCAUACGUCAUUGCACUGAUGGCAUUACUUUGAAUGGGUCUAUGUUUUGGAUUGCAUCACAGAGAGGUUUGGCAAUUCAUGAAAGAGAAUAUAAUGUCAUACUUUCGUUGGAUUUAGCAAUGGACGAGUUAAGAUUGAUACUGCUGCCUCCUUCAUCUUCGAAGGAUAUUCCGAUCUUGACGGUGUAUGAGAACAGGCUUGCCGCAUUUCAAACCUCUCUUACUAUAAACCCAAGAAAUUGUUUGAUCGAAUUGUGGGUGAUUGAGGAAGGCAUUGGUAGUUCUUGGAGCAAAAUAUUGAGUUGUGGCCCUUAUCCACACAUUGUAGCGCCGUUGACCAUUUGGAGGAACCAGAUUGUCUACGAUGUUUUUCCUGAAUAUUCAGUAGAGGGGUACGAUGAUGAUGCUGCUGGUAGUUUUAUGUUUGAUCCCACUUCCAAUGAGGUCAAGGUCCUUUGUUCGGGCAGACAUGGCACUCUUGGUGCUGUGUUUCCAUAUGUUGAAAGCCUUGUACCCAUUAGCAACAUCCACACUAGAAGUCAUUGAUUUCAAAGCGUAGUCGUUGUUUAAUUGUUAUAAUGCAUUGCAGAUUUACUGAUUGUAUUGGCUCUUUGUAGACAAUGAUUACUUAAUUGUAUUUUCCUAGUUGUAGAACAUUUAAAACGCCUCUUAGAGACUCGAAGGCAUUUUAUCCUACAAGUUAUUUGUUACCUUUAUGGGAUUACAUUGCACAUUUUACAUUCGUAUGUUAUUUAUUAGUCUAUGUAAAUGUAUUGUUUCCCGG